AGGUGAGCAUAGUGACUUAAAUUAUUAUUAAUUUUUUAAGUAUAAUUUGAAAGUACCACCAUUGUUGAUUACGUCUUUUAUAUUGUAGGCUAUGAAAAAGAAGUAUUUGCAUGGUCAAAAAAUUUAUCGUUAUCCGGCUGAGGAAUUUCCAAACCUUCCGCGUCCCAAGUAUUGCAUCGAUCACAAUGUUUGGUACGAAGAUCAACUUGGACGAGAAAACCGUUUGAUCGAUGAGGAAGUGGAGGAAGGAUUUGAUGAAACUCAUGAUUUUGCUGAGCAAGUAGCAUUAAGAAAAAAGACACUCUUUGUUUACAAUCUCUCUCCCAACAUAACAAAAUAUCAGAUCUCUACUUACUACAAAAAUGUUGGACAAGUUUGCCGUGUUCGACUUGUUGUAAACCGCAAGGGUGAGCAUGUGGGCUGUGGCUUUGUUGAGUUUGCUUCUGCUGUUGAAGCAAAGAAGGCGCUGCUGUACGAGAGUAGAGCUCUGAAUAUUCAUAUUAUUUCUGACGUGGUUGACAUGUCUCCAUACCCUAUCCGACCCAAGUACAACCUUGCAGAGAAGCUCUGGAGGAACGAAGAAUACCUUCUACUAGAAAGCCUUCCGAUAGAAGGAGAUUAUUUGGAGAAACCGGAGGUGACUAAAUUAUUCUGCGGUAAGAAGAUAACCUUCUCUGACGAUGACUGAUGGAAGAAGAUGAAUAAGCUAAUAGGUGUUUUUAAACUUGUGAUACAUUUCA